UUUCCCCUCUCCCUCUCUGCUUUCAUUGUUCCCCUCCGCCGCGAGCUUCCAGAAACGAACCACGGAAAGGGGGAGGAGGAGGAGGAAGAAGCCAAGCCCUGGAUCGAUCUCCGCCGUCGGCAUGGCGCGCGUCCUCCCUCUCGACAUUGAGCCCGGGGAGGCACCCAGAGCUGGUGAGACGGUCGUAAGCAUGCCAAGCUCUUCAGCUGUGGCAUCACGCAAUGGAAUCGAGCGUUCUGAGCAAAACAUAAAGGACGAUGAAUGUGCGAGGCUGGUGACACCAGCUCAACAUGCAACAGCUGACAACAACACAGAAAUUUUGCCUGAGCAACCAAUGUCAAGACACUUCAUUUGGUGGCUGAAAGUUCUGCUUGUCUGCUUCCUUCUUGUAUUAGCAUCUUAUAUCUUCGUGAAAUUUGGAGUCCGCUUUGCCUUUGAGAAGGUACUUUUGCCAAUUAUGCAAUGGGAAGCAAGUGCCUUUGGCCGUCCAGUAUUGGCUCUUGUCCUCGUUGCAUCUCUGGCUCUCCUCCCACUCAUCUUAGUCCCUUCUGGGCCUUCUAUGUGGUUAGCAGGAAUGAUCUUCGGUUAUGGCUGGGGUUUCUUGAUUAUUAUGGUUGGGACUACUCUUGGCAUGGUUGCAUCAUAUUGGAUCGGCUCAUUGUUCCGCAAACGUCUACAUGCAUGGUUAAAGAGAUGGCCUCAGCAGAUAGCUCUAAUACAGCUUGCUGGCGAAGGGAACUGGUUCCAGCAGUUUCGAGUUGUUGCACUAUUCAGAAUCUCACCAUUUCCAUAUACAAUUUUUAACUAUGCCGUAACUGUGACAGAAAUCAAGUUCAAUCCUUACCUAUGUGGUUCAGUUGCCGGAAUGGUACCUGAGGCAUUCAUCUAUAUCUAUAGCGGACGGCUAAUACGCACGUUGGCCGAUGUGAAGUAUGGCAAGUAUAAGAUGACGCCAGUUGAGCUGACAUACAACAUAAUCUCGUUCGUCAUUGCCGUUGUUCUCACGGUCGCCUUUACUGUUUACGCCAAGAGGGCGCUAAGCCACAUAAAAAGCUCAGAUGAUAUCUGCGCAGAGGACCAGCCUGCUGUCUCUGCUGGGGUGACUGCACUCAAGAAUGGCCAGCGGGAGUGUUCCCAUGCACAUCAUGUAGCUUUAGAUGUCGUGUGAUGCCUGUGUUCAUCGGGAGCGGAUUAGCGUGAAGUGAGGUGGUGUUAGUUGAUCGUCGUUUUCUCCGUCAGAGGAGGCGAGGUAGGCUCUGACUGACAGCAGGUGGAUGCACCUGUCUUAACUAGAUACAUGCCCAGCUAAUAUGGUUAUACUACUAGUACUUUAUUAGUUUCAUGUAGUUAUAAUCACCAGAACAUGUGACCGGCUUUGCCUGUUGUUGGCGGGAGAUUUGUUCUGGCUGUUGAUGGACUGGAAAUUUGGCCUUCUCUUGAGGUGCAUAUAUUUGCUCA